CGUAAAUUCUUAUCGCUUAUUUUCGACGAUAGUGCGCCGCGCCGUCGACUGCAUGUUUUCACUGUGCGCGCGCGAGCGGAAAUACGCGAAUAAUUCGUGGAAAUUCCGUCCGGAAUUGUGGAAUAUCGACGCGUUUUGCGGUGUACCGGGAGAGAUUUUCGUAUAUUAGAAGGUCGACGAGCGUACGAGCGCAAAUGCCGCCGAAGAGACGCGUUCGCGUGUGCAUCGUCCAAGGGGGAAAUUAACGAAACGGAAUGAGAUAUCAAGAUUACGUCAAAACUCCGAGCACUGAUCAGUCUGCCUGGAAUGAGAGUGGCACAGGUGGCGUCGGAUUAGCGAAGGCGCAGAUCGAUCGAGUGUCAAAUAGCGCGCUGGACUGUCAGUACUGACAUUGACGUUCGUUUCGCGCAUUCGAAAUUCACACAUUGCAUCAUAUCAUGUCGAGUUGACAUCGCAGCGUAACAAUUUCGUUAUCGCGAGUGUGUCGUGUGCGGUAGGGCGGCCGGUGAUGCUUUGAGGUAGUUUGCGACGACGAGCAGCGUACACGUCGCUAGUUUGACUCAAACUGCGUCAGGUGUAAACAAGGGACCUAGCAGUAGUGUGUGUGCGGCGCAGUGCCGAGCGGAACAGUGCCAGAAUGGGGAUACUCACGCGGAGGCGCUCAUUCCUGAUCAAGCUGGUGGUGGUCAUCUCGACGGCAUGGUUCACGAUAGCGUUUCUCCUCUACUCGGAGAACCAGAGCGACCCCAUCGCUCUGCCCCUGCAACAGGCGCCGCCGAAUCUCCCACCGCAAAGCAACAACCAAGCCAUCGAAAUUGUCGUCGAUGAUAACGAGGUGCUGCGCGAGGAGCCGUUCCAGAAACCGGCCAAGAACAAAGUGGAGGAGUCCGAUGCUGUGAUCAUGCCGCCGGAUGGUGGGACCAAUGCGGGCGAGAUGGGCAAGCCGGUGAUCCUGCCCAAGAAAUUACCAGAGGAUGUGAAAAAAUUGGUUGAUGACGGCUGGCUGAAAAACGCUUUCAAUCAGUAUGCCAGUGACAUGAUCAGCGUGCACCGUAGUCUACCGGAUCCCCGCGAUGAAUGGUGUCGCAGCGAAGUCAGUUACCUGAGCCACUUGCCACGCACCUCUGUGAUCAUCUGUUUCCACAACGAGGCAUGGUCGGUGCUGUUGAGGACCGUACAUUCGGUGUUAGACCGAUCACCAGCACACCUCAUCGAGGAGGUGAUCCUCGUCGACGACUUCUCUGAUAUGAACCAUCUGAAGGACCAGUUAGUGCAGUAUUUCGCCAAUGAACCCAAGGUGAAGAUCGUCCGGGCCCAGAAACGAGAGGGUUUGAUUCGAGCAAGGCUUUUGGGUGCUCGCCAUGCCACCGGAGAUGUUCUUACCUACCUGGAUUCCCAUUGUGAGUGUACUGUGGGAUGGUUAGAACCACUUCUGGACCGGAUUGCGCGGAACUCCACAACUGUGGUCUGCCCAGUGAUUGAUGUCAUCGAUGAUACCACCUUGGAGUACCAUUACCGUGACUCUGGCGGUGUGAACGUCGGCGGGUUCGAUUGGAAUCUGCAGUUCAAUUGGCACGCGGUACCCGCGCAUGAAAAGGCCCGCCACAAGAACAGCGCCGAGCCAGUGUGGAGUCCCACAAUGGCGGGCGGGCUCUUCAGUAUUGAUAAGAAAUUCUUCGAACGUUUGGGGACCUAUGACAGCGGCUUCGAUAUCUGGGGAGGUGAGAACUUGGAGUUGUCGUUCAAGACGUGGAUGUGCGGCGGUACCCUGGAGAUAGUACCGUGUUCCCACGUGGGGCACAUCUUCCGCAAACGCUCGCCGUACAAGUGGCGCACUGGAGUCAAUGUCUUACGCCGAAAUUCGGUACGCCUGAGUGAAGUGUGGCUGGAUGACUACGCCAAAUACUACUACCGGCGCAUCGGCAACGACAAGGGCGACUUUGGUGACGUCAGCGAGCGUCGCGAGCUGCGAGAGCGUCUUGGGUGCAAGAGCUUCAAGUGGUAUCUGGACAACAUCUACCCGGAGCUGUUCAUCCCGGGCGACGCAGUUGCCAACGGCGAGAUGCGGAACCUCGGCUAUGGCGGAAAGACGUGCCUGGACUCGCCAGCGCGCAAGAAGGACCUUCACCAGCCGGCCGGUCUGUACCCGUGUCACAGACAAGGCGGCAAUCAGUACUGGAUGUUCAGCAAGAAUGGAGAGAUCCGAAGGGACGAAUCCUGCCUGGACUACAGCGGGGCCGACGUCAUCCUCUACCCUUGCCAUGGCUCCAAAGGCAAUCAGUACUGGGAGUACGACCUCGUCACCAAGCUGUUGCGGCACGGAAGCAGCGGAAAGUGUCUGGCGAUCAACGAGUCGAAGAACAAGCUGUUGAUGGAGUCCUGCGACGACGGUUUCGCUCGCCAACGCUGGCAGCUGGAAAAUUACGACGCCAGCAAGUUGGCGUAAUCGCCACCUCCAAGGACCGAAAUCAGCCCGUUGUAAACGAGAUUUUGUCGCGAUAGUGCGCGGGGACUCAAGCUAAUCGUUAAGCACAGAGUAUCUGUACAUAAUGAUCUUAUACAUUUUAUAUUGUAGUAUUUUAACGAUGCUUUUAAGUUCUAAGAGUAAGGCACAAUGUAUGCUCAACGUAUACCUUUGUCAUUCCGUUUUUAUCGACCGUACAAGACUGCUUUCAAUUUACGUUUCGUUCGAACGAAUCCUGACAACUCUUUGCUACAUAUCUAAUGAAAAUAUCCUUAAUGCAAACGAGACAUAUCGUGCACUCGAUCAGUUUAGUCAAUUAGUUACGUAAGUGCGUUUUGUUUUGCCACCUGUCACGAACCCAUCGACAGCCAUUUUGUUGGUCCUUGAGCGACCAUACCGAUUUGUUGGUUGACAUACUUAAUAAGUAAGUUUUAAUGUCAUUUUGUACUUAAUCGUAGAAGGGACUCGACCCUCUGCGGGUCAAUUUGUGAUCUAAUCUUUGUCAAAAGAAAUGAAAAGCGAACGAUGCAUUCCUAUAUUACAUAAUACACUAGUUUUAAGCAAAGCACAUUUUCACGUAAGGACGAAAGAUGCGAAGCAGGAGGAGAUAUGAUUUGAUUGGUGUUGCUCAAACAUUAAAUAUAUUUGCACGACUUUCGUCGCUACCUAGCAAGACAUUGGAUUCGGUUUUUGUAUUGUAAAUAAUAUGUAUUAAUAUUGAUUGGAAGUUCGUAUUGAAAAUUGUAUAGUACUAUUUGUAAUACUUAUUAGAUUGUUUUGACGGGAAUGGUUAUAAAAACGAAUGCCAUAUUAAAAUUUAUGUAUGUUGUAUGCUGUAUGUAUGUACAAGUAUGAUGCUAGAAGUUUAUUACAUUUGGGUCGCAGAAGCGAUGUAAUCAUUAAGGACAUUAUGUAAUUAUGCGUCGUUUUUGCAAGCUGAAUUGUUGUCAUAGCAGGGACACGAUUGUUUCGUGCACACAUCUAAUUCCACAUCAUAUCAUAUAUUGUUAAUAAUAAUGUAAGUGUUUUUUCACGAUGCGAUACGUCGUAGGCGAGUUCGUGCUAAUCGAUGAAAGUAAUGAAAAACGCAGCGCUUAUUGCGCGCUCUGUAGUCACUGUUUAGCAUUCUAGUUAUAUAUCCUGGUAUUGAUAAACUUUGAAUUUAAUUAAUAAUCUAUAGGCCAGUUCGAUAAUGUAUUUAAAAUGUGCCUUAAUUUCUUGUAAAUACAUUCGUUAAAGAAAA